UUUUAAACUAAUUCCGCCAAUUUUGUUGCUGCUGCAGGUUGAGAGAGAUGCUUCGAGUUGGCUCCUCGGCGGCUGGCCGUGCCUUCCGGUCUCUGAACCGCCGCCAUUACCGCCAAAUUCUUGUUUCUCAUUUUUCUCAUUCUUUCGCGAAGGCCCCUCACAGUUUCCGAAGUUACAGUAAUGGCAUUAAUAACUGCAAUUUCUGGCGGCUUUCACGGUACUCCCUGUCGUCGUACUCCACCAUCGCCGGCGCCGGCUUGAGCAUUGAAAAGGCUUCCUCUGAAGCUGAUUCGGUUGAGCUAGAGCUGCAAACAGAGGUCUCGCCGCAGUUGAGAACUGGAUUAGACGGGGAAGCUCUUUCGGCCUUUUUAGCAAUAGAGUUGGCAUUGGAUUCUGUGGUGAAGAUAUUUACUGUUACAAGUAGCCCUAACUAUCAUCUUCCAUGGCAGAACAAGUCACAGCGCGAGACAAUGGGUUCUGGCUUUGUUAUAUCCGGGAAGAGAAUCCUCACAAAUGCUCAUGUGGUGGCCGAUCACACAUUUGUGCUUGUGAGGAAACAUGGUUCGCCUACUAAAUACAGGGCUGAAGUUCAAGCUGUUGGUCAUGAUUGUGACUUAGCUAUUCUAGUUGUGGAAAAUGAAGAGUUCUGGGAGGAUAUGAAUCCAUUGGAGUUUGGUGAAAUUCCCUAUCUUCAAGAAGCUGUGGCUGUUGUUGGUUAUCCCCAAGGAGGUGAUAACAUUUCUGUUACGAAAGGGGUUGUUUCUAGAGUUGAACCAACACAGUAUGUACAUGGUGCAACGCAGUUGUUGGCGAUUCAGAUUGAUGCUGCUAUUAAUCCAGGGAAUAGUGGAGGGCCAGCAAUCAUGGGCGAUAAAGUUGCUGGGGUGGCUUUCCAAAAUCUGUCAGGCGCAGAAAACAUUGGAUACAUCAUUCCUGUCCCUGUGAUAAAACAUUUCAUAGCUGGUGUUGAAGAAAGUGGAAACUAUAAAGGAUUCUGCUCCCUGGGUCUGUCAUGUCAAUCCACUGAAAAUGUACAACUUCGGGAAAACUUUCAAAUGAGGCCAGAUUUGACAGGAGUGAUGGUUAACAGGAUUAAUCCACUCUCCGAGGCACACAAAGUUUUGAAGAAAGAUGAUAUUAUCCUCUCAUUUGAUGGUAUACCCAUUGCAAAUGAUGGAACAGUUCCUUUCCGAAACAGAGAGCGGAUUACAUUUGAUCAUUUAGUUUCCAUGAAGAAACCAAAUGAGAGUGCUGCACUCAAGGUGUUAAGGAAUGGUGAAGAGCAUGAGUUCAAUGUUGUCCUUAGACCAUUGCAGCCACUGGUUCCAGUCCAUCAAUUUGAUAAGCUCCCGAGCUACUUUAUUUUUGCUGGUCUGGUCUUUGUUCCCUUGACGCAACCCUACCUUCAUGAAUAUGGAGAAGAUUGGUACAACACAUCCCCUCGUAGAUUGUGUGAAGCAGCCCUAAGGGAAUUACCCAAAAAGGCCGGUGAACAAUUCGUCAUUCUCUCUCAGGUUUUUAUGGUCUCCCAAUUUCCCUUUUUCCAGAUCUUCAAUAACCAAAUUAUUUGCUAAUGAUAUUGCAGCCAUUUGCUUGUUAGGAAAGGAAAAAUUUGCCUUGUAGAAAAGGGGAGGAGAAAGGCAGAAUGAGUGUUUGUAAUUUCGAUAAUAUGGAUGAAUUUGUUGAAAUUAUGGUCAUUUGUUGAGUUCAUUUUGAAUCCAGAUUCAUGAGAAGAUUUGUUGGAUGGUACUUAUAAACCAUCACGUUUUGUGAUGUGUUAGCUGUUCUUUUUAGGAGCUUGCUUCACUUAAUAAGUUAACUUUAGUUUCCUUGACUCAAAGCUAAGUUUAAAAGAAAAGAAAAGAAAAUUUGUCUUUAGCUUUUAACAAGCUGCUGGGUUCUGCUCUUGGUCCUCUUUUCUGCUAGUUUUUUCUAUUCCCUGCACCAUUUCAGUAUGCCAGAAGCUCAAAUGAAUUGCUUAGGACCUGGGGGGCACAGGUGUGAUUUUAAAUCUCUAGACAUUGGAGCUGUCGAAUGUUGUAAAUCAAUAUAAAUUUGCUGAAUCUCGAUUGUAAAAUGUUCCCACUAAUGCAUGUUUGGUAAAAUUCAAAGGAAGAUGGGUUCUAUGGAGACAAGCUUUUAGGGAUUUAAUCUUCAAAAUAGUUUACAUUUUCAAGUAAUCAAACCCAGCCCCAGGCCCCACAUGUAUAGUAAUCCUCUUGGCUUGUUGAAAUCUUUUUUUUAACGAGGGCAGUGAAUGCAAAGCAAUCACAUGUUAUAUUCUUGAUACAUUUAAAAGGAUUGGUGCAGUUUUUCUUGUUGUACUAAAACUAAGCCAUGACAAUCAUUCUUAGAUUAUAUGGCUGAGGCAUAUUCAGUGUACAUUCAUAAAUAACAUAAACAUUACAGAAAGUUUGCUUUCUGGCCAUCUUUUAGCAAUGUUAUUGAUAAGUACUUUGAGCUGUAGUUGUUGUCCCCAUGACGUAUCUUAUCUGCGUGCACCAUGGUGAUAGACUGAGAUAUACAUCAUGUAUUCAGCUUUUCUUUGCAAAUUGUAAAUCCUGGAAAAGAAAAUAUGGUGUAUUUUAAAAUUUUAUGAGUUUCCCUCUCCACUAAGCAAACUGUUUGAUUUUAGGUACUCAUUGAUGACAUCAACACUGGUUAUGAGCGCCUAGCGGAGUUACAGGUACAGUGGCUGUAACUUUGUUUAAAAUGCCCAGUCACAGAAGUUCCUUUUGUCUUCCGUCUUUCGCUCCGUUAAAGUGCUUAUAAUUUCAAAGCAAAUUGCAUUGAUUUGAUGUAUGGAAGCAAGAAAGCAACAUUUCUAGGGACUUACCUUUCAUGAGCAUUAUCUGCUUUGGCAUGCAUAGCAGCUAAAAAGUUUCCACUUUUCUUUCAUGUUUGUGUACUCAUCCUUUCAUAUUGAUGAUGCUUACUUUACAUUCAUUAACUUUUGAUCACACUUCAUAGCCUCUUCGAAAUGAAUCUCAUAAAAAGCUGCAUAAGUUAGCAACAAAACAGAGCUCAGUAUUGUGCGACUACAAGAUCUCUCUUAGUCUGCAUUCCCGUUUGUUGUAAAAAAUAGUGAACCAGUCGGAUACAGGAAACAGUUUGCUGGUUCUUUUUUUUUUUUUCAUUUUCCUGUUUGCAUUUGUAAAACC